AUGAGUGUUGCUAAGAGUAAUUUCUUGAAUGCCACAAAGACAUUAUCUUUAGCUUCUAGAUUGAACUGCAAAGGUUUUGCUCAAAGCAAAAGAAGCAUUGGUCAAUUAGCUACUCCUCAAGUUCCACCUAUUAAAAAUGAACCAGUCAAACCGUUUGGUAAAACUGACACCGUUGAUUGGGAUUUAUUAAGAGCAUCAAUACUUAAAUUCACUGACAAUGGUUCCUUAGAUAUUCCAUUAGUUAUCAAUGGUAAAAGAAUUUAUGGUAAAGGUACUCAAAGAGAAAUCGUUCCACAAAUUAACCCAGCCAAAAUUUCACAAGAGCUAGCAAAUAUUACUCAAGCUACCAAAGAAGAUGUUGAAGAUGCCAUUAAAGCUGCUAAAGAUGCCAAACAAAAAUGGCUCAAUACCUCAUUUGUUGACAGAUCAGCUAUUUUCCUUAAGGCUGCAGAUUUGAUUAGUACAAAAUACCGUUAUGAUAUGCUCGCUGCUACUAUUUUAGGUCAAGGUAAGAACGUUUAUCAAGCUGAAAUUGACAGUGUUGCUGAGUUGAUUGAUUUUUUCAAAUUCAAUGUUAAAUACGCCCAAGAAUUAUAUGCCACUCAGCCAUCAGAAUCAAGUCCAGGUGUUUGGAACAGAGCAGAAUAUAGACCUUUAGAAGGUUUCGUCUACGCUGUUACUCCUUUCAAUUUCACUGCCAUCGCUGCUAAUUUGGUUGGUGCUCCAGCUUUAGUUGGUAACACUGUUGUGUGGAAACCUUCAAAAACUGCUGCUUUAUCUAACUAUUUAUUACUCACAAUUUUGGAAGAAGCCGGUUUGCCAAGUGGUGUUGUUAAUUUUGUUCCUGGUGAACCAAAUUUAGUCACUGAUGUUGUCUUGAAUGAUUCUGAAUUCUCUGCUUUACAUUUCACCGGUUCAACAAGAGUUUUCAAAGAUUUGUACAAAAAGAUUUCCGAUAACGUUGCAUUAGACAAGUAUAGAGAUUUCCCAAGAAUUGUUGGUGAAACAGGUGGUAAAAAUUUCCAUUUGGUUCAUCCUUCAGCUUCUGUUGUCCAUUCAGCACUAUCAACUAUCCGUGGUGCUUUUGAAUAUCAAGGUCAAAAAUGUUCUGCUACUUCAAGAGCUUAUAUCGCCAGCUCUGUUUGGGAUGAUUUCAAAACCGUCCUUGUCGAAUACUUGAAAGGUGUUGAACCAUUAAACACUUCUUCCCAUGAAGGAUUAAACGGUUUUAUGGGUCCAGUUAUUCAUGAACAAAGUUUUGAUAAAAUCUCUGCUGCUAUUGAAAGUGCCAAAAAAGAUCCAGAAUUAUCAAUUGUUACAGGUGGUAAAUAUGAUAAAUCUAGAGGUUUAUUCAUUGAACCAACUAUUGUUCAAACAACAAAUCCAAACCAUCCAUUUUUGAAAACUGAAUUUUUCGGUCCUUUAUUAACAACUUAUGUUUACAAAGAUGCUGAAUAUGAAUCAAUCCUUGAGAAAAUCGAUACAACAACAACCUAUGGUUUAACUGGUGCUGUUUUCGCUAAAGACCGUGAUGCAAUCAGAUUAGCCGAAGAAAAAUUACGUUACUCAGCUGGUAACUUCUAUAUCAAUGAUAAAUCUACCGGUGCUGUUGUUGGACAACAAUGGUUUGGUGGUGCUAGAGCCAGUGGUACAAAUGAUAAAGCUGGUUCAGGUAAUAUCCUUUCAAGAUUCGUUUCUGUUAGAAACAUAAAAGAAAACUUUUAUGAAAUCUCAGACUACAAAUAUCCAAGUAAUUACAAAUAA